AUGACGAAAACACGUAUUAAUCGACUCUUUAUCCUAUUGCCCUCGGCUGUAGCGGUAGUGUCUGCGUCAUACGCAGUUGCACCGCAGGCAGCCCUUGUCUCGGGCACCAUCACUGGUAAAAGCACGAUACUCCGCGGAGCCAACGGUGCUGUCAACAGCUUUCUAGGGAUCCCGUACGCCGAAAAGCCGCAAAGGUUCGGUCUUGCAGUCCCACCAAAGCCAUGGAAGCUUCCAUUAAACACAAGUUCGUUUGGGAGCUCGUGCAUUCAAUACAUCAUCAAGACAGAUACCGGCCCGGGCCAAGAUAUCCUCGAUGAACUAUUCAACAGUCACCCUCCUGAGAGCGAAGACUGUCUCUCGAUAAACGCGUUUGCACCGGCGAACCCAGCCCCCCCCGAAGGACGUCCUGUUGUCGUUUACAUUCCCGGGGGCGGCUUCCAGCUGGGCAACGGCCUCAUCGAUCUCUCCGGGUUCGCCGCCUACGAGGACAUUGUUGCCUUUACAUUCAACUACCGAACCAACAUCUUCGGCUUUCCCAACACGCAUGACAUUCCCGUCUCUCAGCGAAAUUUAGGUUUACACGAUCAGCGACUCGCUCUUGACUGGGUCCAAGCCAACGCGAAAGCGUUUGGCGGCGAUCCCGGCCGCGUCACCAUUUGGGGCGAGUCGGCCGGCGCAAUGUCGACAGACCUUCGCCUCCUCGCCUAUGCCGACAUCCAUCCGCCGCCAUUUCAGGGAGCGAUCCUCUCGAGCGGCCAGAUGUCCUUUGGCCUGCUUUCCACCGCGAGAAGUGCCCACGAUGAGCGCGCCUGGAAUGCUGUGUCCGCAAGAGUCGGAUGCUCCGGCAGCAAAGACCGGCUCACGUGCAUGCGCAACGUCCCGGCCGCAACGCUGCUCAAGGGUCUUGAGGAAUCCAACCAGACGUUCAUGCCGGUCGCGGAUCAUUUUACGGUGCCGGGUGGACGUGCGAUGAGGUGGAGGCAAGGACGAGUGUCCAAGGUGCCUACAUUGAUGACGACCGUUGCUGAGGAGGGACUGUCGCUUGUGAAUAGAAACAUAUCCAUCGAACGGUUCCUUCAAGCAUAUCUUCCGCCUCCCCUCGCAACGGUGAGGCGGCAACAGCGUAUUGUCGACUACUACCGGAAGAAACAGGGGCUCGUAUCCGACUUUGACGUCGCCGCGGCCAUUUACACAGAUCUGGUCUGGCAAUGCCCUCAGCAGAUGCUCGCCAACGCCUCCGCCUCGGUCACAAACCCACCUGUCUGGCGGGGCUAUUUCAACGUCUCCAUUGCCGAACUACUUCCCAGCAAGUUCCGCUUCCUCGGCAAAUGCCACGGCGCCGAUGUUUUGCUACUCUUCGCAACGCCCACCCUGGAAAGCCUGCCGGUCUCGGCCCCGCUGUACGCCUUUGCCAACUACUUCCGCGCCGUCAUAGGCAGGUUCGUGCGCAACCCAGGCGGAGGCCCAGGCUGGCCCGCCGUCGGCUCGUCGUAUGCUCCCUUCGAUGUCGCCAGCCUUGGCGAUGUCGGUGCCGAACACACAGCUGGCUCGACGCCUGUGAACCGGACGACGCUGGAUGCGAACUGCAACCUGUUCAGGGACAUUCUCUCCGCCGUUCCGGAAGUUCUUCAUGGUUGA